UAUAUUUUUAAUAUUAAAAAAUUUAAUUCCACAAAAAAGGCGUGUUUACCAUCAAAUAUAUUAUUUGUAUGAUAGGAUUGAAAUCUGCAGUAUUUUUAUUGAAAUCUCCUUGGACCAGAACGACCCGGCCCGUCUGCAGGACAGCAUGUUGAGGCACUACCCCAGUGCCACUCCAGUCCAUUUCCGCAUUCAGCUGCUGUCGGACAAAAUGGUGGCCAUGGUCGAGGCAACUGGCCACGAAACGGAGAUUUUCCUGCCGCAGUUGCUCGAUGGGCGCAUCACCCUGAAAAACAUAAUUCGCAGUCGUCAGCCCAGACAGCAUCAAAACCAGCUUCAGCCUUUUGUUAGCUACUCCGAUUCCCGGUCCGUCCAAAACAAAUUCAGACAGCGUCCGUGGCAAUCCAAGCCGACAACGGCAACGGCGGGUCUGGCUCCUCCCACGUUGAAUGGAGUUUUGUUUUCUGCAGGAGGUGAAAAGUUAGUAGAUGGUCCAAAAUUUUCCCUCAAGCUGAUCUCCAACGGAAACGUGGUGCUCGUGGAGUCCAAUGGGUGCGAGUCCGAGAUAUUCCUGCCACACAUUUGCUGCGCCUACGUUUCCAUGAAACGCGUUACAGCCAGCCAACUUAACCAGUGCUCGCGCUUGACGUCGAGACAGCCAACACGUCCAGAGAAGAUGAAUCCGAAUCCCACCGCUGCGGUGGUCCAACCUAAGUCCAAUCGGGCUUAUUUGCUCAAUUCCACGCGACUGUGCGGCAAUGGAGAAUCCAACAAGGAGAGCACUCUAGCAGUGACAGCGAAAGAUGGAGUGGAGGCCACGUCGGGCAAGCCUAGGAGGAAAAAACCUCGCAAGAGUCAUCAGAAUACGGCAAAGGUAAAGGCAAAGGACAAGCACACGGGUGCUGGCGAUCAGCCCGUAAAGGUGAAGGCCAGUGAGACCCUGCCUCUCCAGGAGUACUCUCAAGGCAUAUAG